AUGUUUAGAGUGCUUGAGAUAGUAGCAGACUCUCGGUUUUCGAAUUCUGUAUUCAGUUUCAGUGAUGGUUUAAAUAUCACAAUUGGCCAUGAGUUUGAGAAUAAGGAAGCAGCACAAGAAUUUGUUCGCAAGGGUGCAGCUAUGGGUCGUUUUCGUUACAGUACACUGAAGUCCGAUAAAAAGUUGUGGGAAAUAAGAUGCAAAUUUGCUGAAUCGGGCUGUAAUUGGAAGUUGCGGACGGCAUUGAUUUUAAACUCGGAGCGUUGGAGUGUAAGAAAACACAAUCCCAUGCAUAGCUGCAAACCCGUAUCUGAAACAAGCGAAGCUUUGAGGGGUACAAAGAAAUUGGUUCGUGAUUAUUUGAAGGAAGAAUUUCCCGGUAAACUUGAUAGUACCCCUUCAGCCCAUGAAAUUGUAGACAGGGUAAAAGCCAAGUACGGUACAACCGUAACAUAUUUGACGGCAUUACGAGGCAAACACAAAGCUGAAAGUGAGAUUCGAGGUGAUCCUGCUGAGCAUUUCAGAAAGCUUCCUGGGUGGUUGCACAUGUUGCAAAAGAGAAAUCCCGGAACGAUUGUCGGUCUUGAGUUGGACAAAGAUGGCAAAAGUUUCAAAUAUCUCUUCUUCGCAUUGGGUGCAGCGGUAAGAGGAUGGAAUUACAUGCGUAAAGUGGUUGCAAUUGAUGCAACAUUUCUCACGGGACAAUACAAGGGUACAUUGGUCGUUGCGACGGCACAAGACGGUGACCACCACCUAUAUCCGUUAGCCUGGGGGGUUAUUGACAGAGAAAAAGAUGCAUCAUGGAGAUGGUUUAUGAAAAUGUUAAUAAAGGCAAUCCCAGAUGGACCUGAUGUUGUUGUGAUUUCUGAUCGACAUAGGAGUAUAAUAAAAGCCGUCAGCGAAGUGUACAAAGAAGCAGGGCACGGAUUUUGUGCGAGACAUAUAGCACAAAAUUUGAAAGUCAAGGUUAACAAAGGCAUGGGAAGAAAAAGUUCGAGAGGUGAUACCGUUGCCGAACGGUUCUUCAAAUACGCGGAAGCUUAUACGUUGAACGAAUUUGAAGACCUGUUUAAUGAUAUGAAGGACAG